AAAAAAAAAUGCAAUUAUUUCAUCUACUUCGAUGACCACUAUCUCAUUCAUUCUCCUAACUUUAGCAAUUAAAUACCAUCAUAUAGUAUUUCUGAAAUCAACCAUGGCAUUCUUUUCAUUAACAAAAUUUACAUUUCUAUUCUCCUUAACAUUAACAUUCCUCUUAAUGUUAAACUCAACCAAACCCCAAACACUAUCACCAAAACCAUGCAACAAUCCUUACAAACAACUCAACCUUAUCCUUAAUCCAAAUGGAACAAUAACACGACCAAACAAACCACCCGAGACACCUCCUUCAUUAGAUCCGACCCUCCCCGUUCUCUCCAAAGAUCUCAUCAUUAAUCAAUCGAAAGGCACGUGGGCGCGGAUCUAUGUACCCCGCAAAACACUUAAUCAAACCCCCAAAAAACUUCCUCUUGUCAUUUUUUUCCAUGGUGGUGGAUUCAUUUUUCUUAGCGCGGCUUCAACAAUUUUCCAUGAUUUUUGCUUCAACAUGGCAAAUGACAUUGUAUCGGUUGUUGCGUCUGUUGAGUAUCGUCUUGCCCCGGAGCAUAGACUCCCAGCUGCAUAUGAAGAUGCAGUGGAGGCUCUGCACUGGAUCAAAACUAAUUAUCAAUCAGAUGAUUGGCUUAAAAAUCAUGUCGAUUUUUCUAGUGUUUUUCUUAUGGGUAGUAGUGCAGGAGGAAACAUAGCGUAUAACACCGGUCUCCGUGUAGAAGAUGGAGAUAGUGGAAUUUCUAAGAUGAUUAAAGGACUUAUACUAGUUCAGCCUUUUUUCAGUGGAAUCCAUAGGAUGGAUUCCGAACUUAGGCUUGUUAGUGAUUCUCAUUUGUCACUCUGUAACAAUGAUAUGUUGUGGGAAUUGUCGUUACCUGUUGGUGCUAACCGUGAUCAUGAGUAUUGCAAUCCAACAGUUGGAGAUAAUAUUUUGAGAUUGGAAAACAUUAGACGACUUGGAUGGAGUGUGUUGGUGACUGACUGUGACGGUGAUCCACUCGUGGAUCGUUCAAUCGGGUUAGUGAGAUUUAUGGAAAAAAAAGGAGUGAGGGUUAUGGGACAUUUUACAAAAGGGGAUUAUCAUGGUGUUCAAGAUAGUGAGCCAUUGAAAGCUAAGGAACUCUUUGUGGUGAUUAAAAAGUUCAUUUCAUCUUUGCCUAAUCAGGCAAUUGAAUGAAAACAUCUUGUUAAUUACUAGAACAAAAGGUUGAUAUAACAAGACUUUUGAAUCAUGGUUCAAAUGCUUUAAGUUGGUUGAAUUGGAAUGAUACUAUAGGAUACCACAUAUGAACAAUAUGACCCAUUGAUAUUGAUUGUCGAAUUCAGAUUUAACUUAAUGGGACAUUAAUUAGUUGGUUUGGUUCACUUUUUUAAAGCAUUGCUUUUGUGGUUUUGUAUCUGAUUUCCUUUGUAGUUUACUUCAUUCAAAAUUAAAUUUUGGAUGAUGAAUGUUUGGUUUUUGUACUUAAUUAGAUUUUAGAGUUAUAAGUUAUAACUUGUUCUGCA